AUGGAUUUCGACAAAGGACGAUGGUCAUAUUAUGUGGCAGGCCACAUUCGCCACGUAACAGCACUGUCCACAGAUAUGUGGUAUUUUGUGCGGAGAAUCCUUGCAAGGGGUUCCGUCAGUCAUGCCGAAAAUGAUCUCCCAACCCUGAAUUCGGAUCUAUUAUCAUGGCGUAGAAGAGAAUCCAACUUGACUUCACCCGUUCGUCAUACUUCCCAAGAAAAUCGGGUCACUCUGAUGAUCGAUGUUCCGCACACGGAUCAUAGUCACGUGAUUGGGCGUGGUGGUCGAAAUAUCAAAGCUGUGAUGCUGGAUACUCAAUGCCACAUACAUUUUCCCGACUCAAAUCGUGCGAGCACGGCUGAGAAAAGUAAUCAAGAUAUGCUCCCGAUCGAAUUUACAUUCGCUUUGCCAAUCCGACAAACCUCGCAAACGAGCAGUUUGCGUAACUCACCUCUCAUUCGGCAAUUGGAAGCAAUACACAGUGUGGAAAUCAGUUUUCGCAACAUCUACUCCCUUUUCGAUUCCCACGUGAUGGUCAGUGUGAAAGGCUUAUCGUGCAAUUCCCGUGAGACAAAGGCAGCUUGUCAAGCCCUGAUGCAAUAUUUUUACGGGCCGAAUACGACAAUUCCAGUCAGCAUGUCCAUCAAUAUGGAUCCGAACUAUCAGGUUAAUUUUCUCGGACACCGGACACCGGAUGAUCUGAGUCAACUUGUGCACCAAACCACGGAUGCGAUCAUCACCGUUCAAGAUUCCCGGUAUCUUAACGACACAGACAGUAGUCCAGGAACAAAUCAAUCCGGAUCGAUUUCGCGUUUGUCACAAUCAAGCCUAACCCGGAAAUCGCGUGCGAAACCGGUGAAAAUUGAAAUUCAUGGAACUGUGGACAGUGUGUUCCUGGCCAGACAACUAAUUUCGAAUCUGCUCCCGGUCACCUUGGUGUUUGGGGUUUUAUCGGAGGAAUGUGAGUGGCUCAAGCAUGUGGAUAUCGCGCAACUUGCAGAGCAAUACGAUGUGACCGUGGAUAUUAAUACGAAAAUACGGCACCCCAUCCGCUCCGUUGUCAUUCGAACAACUGAGAGGAAUAUUCGUUCCCUAUAUUCCACUUGGCAACUGAUUACCGGUGCGGUUCACCAAAUGGCCUCACAAACUAUCCCCAUCGUUCUGGGCAUUUCUCGUAGUUCCCGGGAUACUGAAGAUCUUCAGAAUAGUAGACCCGGUGCGGAUCGUGUUCUCAAGGACAAAGAACCCAAUGGAUCUCGAUCAGUCCUCAUUCGGUGA